AUGGAUCAAGGAGGAGUUAAGUUAAUGAGUGCCGGCAGAUCAUCUUCCUACGAUCGAAGGGUUGUAGCAAUAUGUUUGGCACUUGUUGCGGUAGUGUCUCCUGUAUAUGUUGACAGGAUGAAAAUGGCAAACGAGGUGGUUGAGCUCGAGUAUGAACCGGCCGGCAUCCUGUGCAGCAUCAUCUCAGCUUUCUCCUAUCUUCUGCUGCCUCUGUCGCUACUGAUGCUCAUUGUGUCCAUAUCCAUGUCGCGUUACCUGGUGGAUGAUGAACGAAGCGUUUCCAGGUUUGAUCCAAACUGGAUUCACAGGGUCUGUAGUUCAUCCACUGGGAUCAUUGUUCUGCUUCUAAUUCUCUCAAUGGUUUUGAGGUUCAAGUAUUCUUAA